UCCCAAGUGCUCGUGCUUGAAGAGGAGAAACGCAUCGGCUCAGAACAACACGCCAAUCACCAAAAAUCACAGAGACGUUCGUCUUUUGUUCUGAGAUAUCUGGUUUGAUAGCUCCAGGCUGAGGCGUGAAGGUGAUCCUCCGAUUGUACCGCCUUUCGGGACUCGAAUACAACUCGAUCUGCUCCAAAACUAACUUAGUCUCUAAGUCAAAACCCAUUGCAGUGAUUUCAUCUUUGCAUUGCUCCUCCAGUCGGCUGAGCUAAGUGUGUUUCUGAGCCCUUUUUGUCUAUUGGGGAUGUGGGGGUGGCUGCUGAACAGCAGAGGAGGGUCUUCUAUUCUCUCUUUUGGAGUAGCUGUUAUCUGUUGACGAGGAACACGAACCUUCUUCAGCAUUGCCUAGAGGGGAAAUUGACGUCCACGUUAUCCAGAGUGGACCCAGCCAACAAGCAUUUGCAGAAAAGCAUCCUAAAAGCAUAUUUCGUUGUUCGUCAAUCCUUUUAAGCAGCAGAAAAGCAUCUUUUUCGUUUCAACUUUCCCCUUGAGAUCACCAUGGACAAAGAGCAAAGUCAGAGAAAGAGAGCAGAGGAAGAGAGCAUUGAGGGAGCAUCCACUUCUUCAUUCAUCUCUCCAGUACCCACAGAUGUAGGCAGCAGUCAAUACGACGUGUUCUUGAGCUUUAGAGGCUCGGAUACCCGCAAGGCAUUCACCGAUCACCUCUACCAUAGUUUGAUCGAGGCAGCGACUGUACCGAUUUAUGUGUUCAGGGACAAUAACAGCAUACCAAUAGGUGAGGAAUUUGGUUCGAAGAUUCUCGAUGCCAUCACACGAUCUAAGAUUUCGAUCCCCAUCAUCUCUGAAAAUUAUGCUUCGAGCAAAUGGUGCCUCCGCGAGCUCAUUCAUAUCAUGGACUGCAAGAAGAGCACAUCACACAUAGUGUUGCCCAUCUUUUACAAAGUGGACCCAUCAGAUGUGCGGUAUCUAAAAGGAAGUUUUGGGGAGGCAUUCCAUUCGCAUAAAAAGCAUUUUGAUGAGAAGGAUAUUCAGGAAGGGCAGCGAGCACUUAGAGAAGUGAGUGACUUACAUGGAUGGGAAUCCGAGAAAGUUGCUAACGGGCAUGAAGGAGAACUAGUGGAAAAAGUUAAGAAAAAGGUUAUGAGCGAGUUGCGACAAGAUUUUCAGCUUGAUGUUAGUAAGCACUUAGUUGGAAUUGGUGAUCAUGUGAACAAAAUCAGGAAUUGGGUAGACACUCCAACCACUAAUGCUCGAAUGAUUGGAAUCUAUGGCAUGGGCGGGAUCGGAAAAACGACACUUGCCAAGGUAAUCUAUAACUGGCUGUCGAAUGACUUCGUGCAUCGCAGCUUCCUUGCAGAUAUUCGAGAAACAGCUUGCCGCAACGGUAUUCCUUAUUUACAAAAGCAACUAAUUAAGGAAAUUCUACGAAUUGAACCUGAAGUUUGGAAUGUUGACGAUGGAAUUAAUAUAAUCAAAUCUAGAUUCAGAGGAAAAAAGGUUCUCAUUCUUCUGGAUGAUAUAGAUGACAAGAAUCAACUAGAUGCGUUGGCUAGGGAACAUAAUUGGUUUAUGGCAGGAAGUAUGAUCAUCGCUACAACUAGAAAUGAAGCCAUUCUUGAUCAAUCUGAAUUCGAGGUAGACUACAAGUAUGAAUUGAAUGAAUUGGAUGAGGUGCAAGCUUUGCUUUUGUUUAACAGACAUGCAUUUCAUACGGACCAUUCUCCAAGGGACUUUGAGGGUAUAUCUAGUGAUAUCAUAUCCACCAUGGGUGGACUUCCCUUGGCACUUCAGGUUGUAGGUUCAUACUUGUAUAAAAAAACAAAUCGAAAAGUAUGGGAAGAUGUGCGGAAGCAAUUAAAAAGCCAACCACAUAGAGAUGUGCAAAAGAUAUUGCGAAUAAGUUACGAUGCAUUAGAAGAUGGACAUAAGCAGAUUUUUCUCGAUAUUGUUUGUUUCUUUAUUGGCGUAGAUAGCGAAGUGCACAAACUCGCCAUGUACAUGUGGGAAGACCGCGGGUUUUAUCCAAGUCAAGGAAUUGAAGAGUUGAAGUUGAGGUGCUUAAUUAAAAUUGGAGAUGAUGGUGAGUUUAUUGUGCAUGAUCAACUUAGAGACCUUGGAAGGAACAUUUUUUGUCAAGGACAACCGUUUGACAAACCUAGCGGGCCAUGGGAUUACAACAACAGGGGAGCCUCAAGAGUAAUAUGGGAAUAUAAGAGGCCCUUCUUCUCGGUCUGUGACUGGAUGCGGGCAGCUUCAAGCGGAGACUCUUCUAACGAACUCCUUUCUGAAGAUUUAUCAUGGAGCGACAUCAAGCGGAGACUCCAACGAAUUUGCAUCUGCCGAAUUUUUCUAUGUUGCAUCUUGGGAGACGAUCCGCCUCUUCCGACGAUUAGUUUGCAUCUACCGAACUUAUCGGUGCUGGAUUUAUCAUGGAGCAGGUUCACAGAGGAUUGGGAAGGAUGGAGGAGUUCAUUCAUGGCGUCAAAGCGGCUACAUGUUCUCGACCUUGGAUGGUGCGAAGGUUUAAGAUGUACUCCCGAUCUCUCGGCUUUCACGCAGUUGAAGGUUCUCUGCUUGCGCGGUUGUGCCAGACUGGAGCAUCUCCACCCUUCUAUUGGCAAACUCAAGAGCCUCGUUUCCUUGGACUUGAGGUUAUGUCAUAGUCUCAAGGAGCUACCAGAGGAAGUGGGCGAAUUAAAAGAUUUAGAAGAACUUGUAUUAGAUGAAUCUCGUAUUACAGAGAUCCCUACGUCUAUUGGUUCUCUGAGGAAGCUGAAGAAAUUGAGUGCCUUCUGUUGUAAGUCACUGAGAGAAAUCCCUAGUUCAAUUGGGAAUUUACAUAAUUUGCAACAUCUGAACUUGUUUGGCUGCGAAAGUCUCAAGGAGCUACCAGAGGAAGUGGGCGAAUUAAAAGAUUUAGAAGAACUUGUAUUGGCUAAAUCUGGUAUUACAGAGAUCCCUACGUCGAUUGGUUCUCUGACGAACCUGAAGGAACUGAGUUUCAGAUGUUGUAGGUCACUGAGAGAAAUCCCUAGCUCAAUUGGGGAUUUACAGAAUUUGCAACUUCUGGACUUGUAUGGCUGUGAAAGUCUCAAGGGGCUACCAGAGGAAGUGGGCGAAUUAAAAGAUUUAGAAGAACUUGUAUUAGAUGAAUCUCGUAUUACAGAGAUCCCUACGUCUAUUGGUUCUCUGAGGAAGCUGAAGAAAUUGAGUGCCUUCUGUUGUAAGUCACCGAGAGAAAUCCCUAGUUCAAUUGGGAAUUUACAUAAUUUGCAACAUCUGAACUUGUUUGGCUGCGAAAGUCUCAAGGAGCUACCAGAGGAAGUGGGCGAAUUAAAAGAUUUAGAAGAACUUGUAUUGGCUAAAUCUGGUAUUACAGAGAUCCCUACGUCUAUUGGUUCUCUGACGAACCUGAAGGAACUGAGUUUCAGAUGUUGUAGGUCACUGAGAGAAAUCCCUAGCUCAAUUGGGGAUUUACAGAAUUUGCAACUUCUGGACUUGUAUGGCUGUGAAAGUCUCAAGGGGCUACCAGAGGAAGUGGGCGAAUUAAAAGAUUUAGAAGAACUUCUAUUAGAUGCUACUAGUAUUGCAGAGAUCCCUACGUCUAUUGGUUCUCUGAGGAAGCUGAAGAAACUGAGUGCCACCUAUUGUCACUCACUGAGAGAAAUCCCUAGCUCAAUUGGGGAUUUACAGAAUCUGCGGGCUUUAGGUCUCGCAGGAUGCUAUAGUCUGAAAGGGGCAAUUCCAAGUGAAAUCGGCGACUUGUUUUCGCUUGAGAGUCUCAAUUUCUGUGACACAUUGAUAUCUGACCUGCCAGAAAGCAUCCGGAAUCUUUCUUCUCUCCAAAGCCUUAGACUAUCGGGCUGUGACAAGCUCCGGUCGCUGCCAGAGCUUCCUUCGGGCUUAACGGAUCUGUGGGUCUCUUGUCAGAGUCCCAGGUUGCCACAUCUUUCUAGCCUAAUCCACCUAGAAGAACUCCAUCUUUCGGCAUGCCUUCUACUUGAAGACAUCCCCAAGCUUCCCUCGAGACUCUUGAAACUCUGUAUUGAGGAGUGUGGUAAGCUGAUAUUGCUUAAGCUCAACGGAUUGAAGAACUUGGAGUUAUUUAUAAUAAAAAAGUGCAGUUCGAUUGAAAGAUUGGACCUUUCACAAUUAAUUCGUCUGAAAAAUUUACACGUUAAGGAUUGCAAUAACCUAGUUGAAAUUCAGGGCCAGGAGAAUUUGGAGUUCUUGGAGCGCAUAUUUAUAGACGACUGCAAUUCCAUUAAAAGGCUUCUCUGUCCAGAAUCACGGUGUUUGAAGCGGUUAGUGGCUGUCAGGUGCAACAAUCUAGUCGAAAUUCGAGGUCUUGACGGUGCGAAGUUCUUAGAAAAGUUGAAUUUUACGGGAUGCGAAUCAAUGGAGAUGUUGCCAAAUUUGACGGGAUGUGAGAAGUUACGAUCUCUAAAUGUUCAAAACUGCAAGAAACUUACUCAGCUUGGGGCAUUUGUAAAGUUGGACUUAAUUGAUUUGGAUAUCUCCGGUUGUGACUCAUUGGAAGUAAUACCGAAAUUAUCCGGAAUACGUGUCUUUAGAAAUUAUGAAGGAGAGCUGUCUUACGACUCAUGUAGUGAUGAUUACUCAACAGAGAGUGAUUGAUGUUUCCUCAACAGAGGGUUCUGUACUUUCCUAAAUUGCUAGUCUUACAUAAUUGAAGGAGUGGGGGAGUUGGUCAUAGAAAUGCUUCGGCCAAGAUCAAAAUGUUGAUGCAAAUGUCAAUAGAAGGCAUUGGUCAUCUAGUAAG